AGGAGGUCGAUCAUCGGCGAGCGUCGUUUAACCCCCCGUUCCUCAGAUGAAGUGCCUGAUUUCGAGCCAAGCAAGCAGCCUUGACAAUUACGGGGCUUACUGCAGUGGAAAGUCAGCCGGUGUGGUGACAAAAGUCACUACAUGGUCUACUUCGGUGUUACGGUGUAUGCGCGGCCUUACUCUUCAUCAUUGAGCAUACUAGGAGGCAGAAGAUCCAUGAAGGUUGAGCGGCAGCAUGUGUAGACCGCCAACAUGAGACGGCUACACCUCACCGCUUGUAGGAGGCAAAUCGCAAGCAAUUUGACACCCAAAUCUAAUCUCGGCGACUUGCGAUCUUCUGGUGUCUGCAGCACCAAGUACUGCACAAUGGCCUUCUGCGACUCACACGAAGGCCAUUUCGAUUCCUCGGCCUCCCAGCUGGAUCAGGCUCACGAGAAAUUUGGCGCUGAACAAGGCGGAGCUCCAGAUAGAAAUAACAAGACAGCGAGAAGAUGAAAGAAGUGCACUGCAUACUUUGAGAGCGAAACUUGGAAAGUUUUGGGAGCAAGAGCUGUUCUUCCGUCAAUGGGAGGGGCAUCGACGACGCAGAUUAAGACAAGGGUUAUGUACGGCUCGAUAGGUCAGGACCAAGGUCGCAGGAGCAUUAUGAUAUUACCAGAUCAAAGGGGAGGAUAGCAUGACACCAAGCGGUAAUCAGAGAUUCCAGCAAGGCUGCAUGCAUCGCGAACUGAUCACAGAAGGGAGGGUAUUUUCAACAUGGCAUGCAUGCAAUACUUCACCAUUUAUGUAC